AUGUCCGCCAACUCUCUGAACAAGAUCGCGCCCAACAGCCCGUCGAGGCAGAACCCCUCUGAGAUCGAGACCAGCAUCGCCAGCGCGUUGACUGACCUCGAGAACAAUGUCCCCGACCUGAAGGCUUCUCUGCGCCCUCUCCAGUUCGUCUCUGCUCGCGAGAUCGAGGUUGGCCACGGACGCAAGGCUAUUGUCAUCUUCGUCCCUGUUCCCCUUCUGUCCGGAUGGCACAAGGCCCAGCAGCGUCUCACCCGUGAGCUCGAGAAGAAGUUCUCUGACCGCCACGUCCUGAUCGUUGCUUCCCGCCGCAUUCUCCCCCGCCCCAAGCGCUCCAACCGCUCGCGCUCCAACCAGACCCAGAAGCGUCCCCAGUCCCGGACUCUUACCGCUGUCCACGACGCCAUCCUGACCGACCUCGUCUUCCCCGUCGAGAUUGUCGGCAAGCGUCUCCGUACCCGUGAGGACGGCAGCAAGAUCCUCAAGGUUGUCCUUGACGAGAAGGAGCGCGGUGGUGUUGACUACAGGCUCGACACCUACAGCGAGGUCUACAAGCGCCUCACUGGAAAGGGCGUCAACUUCGAGUUCCCCCAGAGCCAGCAGACCGACUACUAG